AAAGUGACGUAGCAGACAGCUGGUCGGGUGGCAGUGACGUCACGCAGCGGCAGCAUGGCGGGCAGCGGCCGUCGGCCKGAGCACCGCGGGCCGCCCGAGCUGUUCUACGAUGAGACCGAGGCGCGGAAAUACACACAGAAUUCCCGGGUGGUGGAGAUCCAGUCGCAGAUGUCGGAGCGCGCUGUGGAGCUGCUGGGGCUGCCCGAGGACCAUCCGUGCCUCCUCCUGGACGUGGGCUGUGGCUCAGGGCUGAGUGGGGAUUACAUCUCAGAGGAGGGUCACUACUGGAUUGGCAUGGACAUCAGCCGUGCUAUGCUGGAUGUGGCUGUGGAGAGGGAGGUGGAAGGAGACCUUCUUCUUGCAGAUGUGGGUCAUGGCAUUCCCUUCAGGCCUGGCAUGUUUGAUGGCUGUAUCAGUAUUUCUGCAGUGCAGUGGCUCUGUAAUGCUGACAAGAAAUCACACAGUCCCCCMAAACGCCUCUACAGAUUCUUCUCCACCCUUUACACUGCCCUGGCCCGAGGAUCCCGAGCUGUGCUGCAGCUGUACCCUGAGAACUCGGAGCAGCUGGAGCUCAUCACAGCCCAAGCCAUGAGAGCUGGAUUUACAGGGGGAAUGGUGGUUGAUUACCCCAACAGCGCCAAAGCCAAGAAGUUCUUCCUCUGUCUCUUUGUUGGGACAUCUGGCACAUUACCAAAGGGCCUUGGUACCGAAUGUGCCAAUGAAGAGCUGCRUCAGGCAAAGUUCACCAAUGAGAGGACACGGUUCAGAAAUGUCAAGGGCAAGUCUGUGAAGAAAAGCCGAGACUGGAUCUUGGAGAAGAARGAGCGUAGACGACGCCAGGGCAAGGAGGUGCGGGCAGACACGAAAUACACSGGUCGGAAGCGCCGUCCUCAUUUCUGAACUGCUCUGGACACUGCUGGCRUGGAAGGUGGCAUGUGGCUGCCUUCAGUGAGCCUCCUGUGGAUGGCACAGAUGGCACCCCACAUCUAGGAGGACUUGYUGACUGGUACUUGUGGCUCUUCAAGGUGCAAACUGGCUCAGUUUGCCAGACACCAAAACUUCCAGCCCUGUUUCCCUGGUGAAGGUGCAGACAGUGCUCUGGCCACUUGAGUGUCUGCAGUGCCGUAACUUACCUUCCCAAGUGCAGGGAGCCAGCUGAGCUCUAGGUAAGCCAGGAUGUGAUAUCCAGCUCCUCACUAAAGUGUCAAAGAGUUGGAAGUGUUUGCUGGUCUCCUGCAUCCUGCCCUCGGUGCUGUGAGUACUGAGGUGGGAAUAUGGUACCUCAUUCCUUGCCAGCUUCCCCUCUGCCUGCAGAGGAUCCACACUGUCAGAGUGUAAAUCCAUGAGGACAAAGUUCCUCUUGGCACAAGUGUUACUCCAGUAACCAUUUGCUCCUGUGGGUGCUUGGCACCAAGUCCACCCUGUUUGCUUUAGUGUGCUGACUGGACCCCCUGUCACCCCUUGAAACAAGGAGAGGUGCCACACAGAGCUUUACAUUUACAAAUGUUUAUUCUACAUAAAAAUUCCACAAAAUGGGAAGCUGUUUUGCACCCAAAGCCUUGGGAGAAGAAAGGGAUGCUAGCAGGGAGGGAAAGAGGGAAGGAGAAGAGAGGCAACAUAUAGUGUCGUCCAGCCCAGUGAGACAGAGCAAGCCAGGGUCAAGAUCCACAUAGAAAACAAGGACACUUAGCUCACAGUACAGCAACAGUAGAACUCCACGGGGGGGGCUCGGAAAGCCUUCAAGUACAUUAAUUACAAAAAAAACCCAAUCCCCAGUUCGAGUGCAAGCUGUGCAUGCCCCACACUGCUCGUGGAAUACUGCAUUGACACGCUCCCAGCACAGGGAGGGCAGGUGGCACUUGGAACAGAGGUGGUGGAACCCAAAGGACAAGCGGGUGGAGGUUGGGGGCUGGAAAGAAAAGGUGAAAUGUCUUCCCAAAGCACAACCACAUUUGGUGAUUUGGUCUGUACAUGCAACGACAGGUAGGUAAAAAGGAACUCAAUGGGGCUUCCCAUAGUGCAGGGGUAAUUAUUGCACCAAAACACCCUCCCCUCACAGCGAGGACAGUGUGAGCCUGCCUCUGGGGCAGCCGUGGCAGCCUGCUCCUCAUCUCCCUUGCCUCGGAGCCCAGCACCACAGCUGCCCACAGGAUCCCAGCRAAGUGCCAGCAGCCCUGACUGGCCCUAUUUGACUCCUGCUGCUGGGGGUGCUGCUGGCAGUGGUGGUGCCAACAAGGAGCAAGGGCCAAGAAUCCCCCCCAGUGCCAUUCCUGGCCUUGUGCCUUGACAGGGGUGCCACAGUCCAGAUAUCAGGUGCACUUGUGCCACUAAAGCCGCUGCUUGGAAGAAAAAAAAGUCACCUUGUGCUAGCAGUGGGCAUGGGUGCAGGGCAGGARCCUGGGAGGAGGGUUUUCCUGCCUGCCCAGUGUUAUUGCUUCCUGGAGGGGCCCCAGGGCUCUUGCUGGCCUGGCAGAGUGAGCAUGGAUGGCAGGGAG